GGCUUUGACAGGUGGUAGGUAUUGUUGGCAACCAGGAAAAACUGUCUGGGAGUCUCCAGUGCCAAUGUAAAAAAAAACAAAAAAAAACUAAAGAUCACUGUUGGUACCCAUUAAAUUAUUCUAAGUUAGCUCAUAUAUUGGUCCUAAAUUGUGAAAAAUAUUUUCCUUGUCUUGACAUUAAACACUGGCUGACCUUUUUGGGCCCUGGAACUGCUGUGGUAACUGACAGGAAACCAGCACACUUUAGAGGAAACAGAUGAAAAGAUUACUUUUGGUCAAUUUCACCCAUUGUCUUCUCCUAAAUCAGCUCUUGUUCUAUCCCUGAAUUGUGGAAAGCCCGCCCUUUGUUUGCACAAAAGUACCGGGAUCCUCUGAUGCCACUGUAAAACUCAAGAUUGCUAAAAUUCACCCAUAACCCUCUCUUAAAUUUGCCAAUGUGUAAACAACCCGGCCCUUGGUCACAAAAAUACACUGGGACAGGAAAACUAACAUUUCUCAAUUUCACCUGGCCCUAGCAUACACAAAAACGCUCUACACUUUGGUUAACGUGGGAGAAGAGGCUCCGUUUGUGGCAGGUACAAUUGGUAAUCAAGAAAAACCUUUUUUUUCCCUGGCACAAGUCAGAACUCCAAGCAAAAACACAAAAGCUAAUUCUGAAGAAAUACUACGAGGUGGCGGGCAGCAUGACAACCGACUAACACCAAAGAAUGCCCUUUUUUGUUCUCAAUCCCUAACAAAAGUAGGAGGCGCAAGCACAUAGUGAGCUAACCCACCGCCACUCACUUGCAGCCUCUGAUUGCGUGAAAGCAGAGAUACGACGUCUCUGCUCGUCAUUCCCACAAGGCGGCUACGUGAUGCGUCACUGCGCUUCCGGGUAGUAGUGACGCCACAGUCUCGCGUGAUGAGACUUGUGGCAUCGGGAUUUUCUGUAAGACAGGAGGCAAGAAGCUUGCAAUUAACAUCUAUGCGGGACGUGUUUGGCUUUAUUUUGUCAUCAGAAAUGAGAAGACUUUAUUAUGCAAUUGCUGUGAAAUGGUCUUGUGAGGGCCCUGCAUGGUGAUGUGAAGCAAUCCCUGGGCCCCUGGGUUAUUUAUCGCAACAGAAUUUUUUUUUUUUUUUAAUAUUACUAUUGUGACUGCUUGAGAUCGGAGCCCCUGAAACUUUCUGGGGCCCCUUGUGCCAGGCUCUUAUGGUAUAGGAACAUGGACCAUAACAAUAGGGAAAAGGAUGAGAGGCCUCGGCCAGCAAAGGCUUUGCCUGUGCGGACAGGACACAGCUCCCGACCAUCUAGCUCAACCACCUCCUCAGGGGUCCUCAUGGUGGGGCCGAACUUCAGAGUUGGGAAAAAGAUUGGCUGUGGAAACUUUGGGGAGUUACGGCUAGGGAAAAAUCUUUACACCAAUGAAUAUGUGGCAAUUAAACUGGAACCCAUCAAGUCUCGCGCACCUCAGCUUCAUUUGGAAUACCGAUUUUACAAACAGCUUGGCAAUACAGCUGAAGGGCUUCCUCAAGUAUUUUAUUUUGGGCCUUGUGGAAAGUACAACGCCAUGGUACUGGAGCUGUUAGGCCCAAGUUUGGAAGAUCUUUUUGACCUGUGCGACCGAACGUUCACGUUGAAGACUGUGCUGAUGAUUGCAAUCCAACUGAUUUCAAGGAUGGAAUAUGUGCACUCCAAGAACCUCAUAUACAGAGAUGUUAAGCCAGAGAACUUUCUCAUAGGGCGCCAGGGAAAUAAGAAGGAACACAUAAUCCAUAUCAUAGACUUUGGACUAGCCAAGGAGUAUAUUGACCCAGAAACCAAAAAGCACAUACCUUACCGGGAACACAAGAGUCUGACAGGAACAGCUAGAUAUAUGUCCAUAAAUACUCAUCUUGGAAAAGAACAAAGUCGAAGAGAUGAUUUGGAGGCACUGGGGCACAUGUUUAUGUAUUUUCUACGAGGUAGUCUACCAUGGCAAGGUUUAAAGGCGGACACCCUGAAGGAGCGUUAUCAAAAAAUUGGAGAUACAAAACGAAAUACCCCUGUUGAGGUUCUUUGUGAGAAUUUCCCAGAGGAGAUGGCCACUUACUUACGAUAUGUGAGACGGUUAGACUUCUUUGAGAAACCAGAUUACGAUUAUCUACGGACACUUUUCUCAGAGCUGUUUGAAAGAAAAGGAUAUAGCUUUGAUUAUGUUUACGACUGGGUUGGCAGGCCAAUUCCUACCCCAGGUGGAUCUGUGCAUGUGGAUUCUGGGACCUCUGCAAUAACCAGGGAGAGCCAUGGGCACAGGGAGCGACCAUCACAAACACAGCCCUUGAGAAAUCAGGUAAUGAGUUCAACUAAUGGGCAGCUUAAUGCCGAUGACCAAACGGGAGGUCACUCCAAUGCACCGAUCACAGCGCAGGCCGAGGUGGAGGUUGUGGAGGAAGCAAAGUGCUGCUGUUUUUUUAAGAGGAAAAGGAAGAACCACUCGCAGCGACACCACAAGUGAGCUGCCAGAAUUUUCUGGAAGAGAUUGUUGAACUUGACAUGCAGAGCUGCUCUGUAAAUGACUCCAGGGCAUUUGGGGAAAGAGUAUGCGGGUUAUAUGUGGCUUACCAUUCAAGGGAAACAAAAAAGGCAAAAAAAAAAAAAAAAAUGAAAACAAAGAUGUCUGCAUUAAGCUGCAGCCAGCUCGCAAAACGGUUCCUGAGACAAGGUGCAAUAAGGUUUAGCCCUCUGAGAGAGUGAUGAGAUGGAGGGUCGCGCCUACAAUUCUGUUGAGGGACUGGCAGGGACCAUGCCCUCACAAUACUUUGUAUUACCUGCAUUAAUAAUGCACUCCUGAAUUGCCUGUUUCAAGCCUAAUGAUUUAUACUCAUUGCUGAGGGCUGCACCUCAACUCCCUGUUUUACCUCCACCUUGACCACGAAGACAGGAUGUGGGGAAAAGAGAUUUGACUACUUUUUGAAGUUUGUCUUUUUUGGGGGUUUUUUUUCUGGUCCCUCCUUUUAUGUUUCAUUUUUUUUUUUUCUCUUCAUCGAAAUACAAUGUAGAGAAUUACUGAGCAUUCCACAUUAGAAGGGCUGCUUCAUGCAUGGUUAGAUGCCCCAAGGAGUCUCUGUUGCACUACUGGCUUUAACAUAAAUAUACAUUUUAUAAGAAUUAUGUGCGUUCUGUCUGCUCUGUCGCACAUACUCUUUCGAGUGAGACUCAGGAUGUAACAUAUUGGAGCCCUGUCUCCCUGCUUAGCUUUAUGUAUACAGCAGAAACCCCUCACCCCCCCCCCCCCCCAAGUCAAACUGAGGAUUUAAUAUUUAGUAUUGCUGCUUCAGGGGAGAAUCCAAUAGAAAUCACAAAAGGACUUGAUUCUAUAAAAUACAUUUCUAUGCUUGAAUUCCUGCUUUUGUUUUCACAACAUUAUUCUUUUAAUAGAAGCCUACAAACUUUUUUCUGUCAUUUUAGCAUGGUAUUGUAGACAAUACCUUUCCUUAAAAAAAACACAAUAUACUGUUUGAUUUCUUUGAAAUUAUUGUGGAGGGUAAGGCUUGUUUUUCCAUGUGUUAUAAGAUACACUGAGUUUUGAUGCAGAAAACUGUGAAUUUGUUUUCCUUGCUUUUAUGUAUCAGUUUUUUAAAGGAAGUAAACUCCUGCUAAUGCUUUUUCACCUGACAGGGCUGGUUCUAGGUCAGCACCAUGUGGAGCUCCUUUAUGCAUAGCUUAGAACUCUUAACAUCCCCUUUACAUCUUAGCUGCUGGGGGGUGCUGGGAGUUGUAGUUAAGCAACAGUUGGAGUGCCAAGGAUUGCCUCUUCCUGUUCUCGAUGUUUACAAAAUGAACAAAAUGUAAAUUGAAAAUAAUCUAAAUCUGGUAAUUCCUUGAUUAUAUGUAAGGCCUUCUACUGAAAGGCAAAUGUUGAAAAGAAAAUAUUGACAAAAUCUUUUGUUAAGAGCCAGCCUUGUUCUAAUACUUUAAUCCUCAAUUGUUGGAGGAAAUACUAAGAAUCCAGCAUUAUGUACACUGAUGCAAUAUUCAUCUGACCCUGUAAAAGCCAUUGUUUGGCAGAAGUGAGGUUGGGUUAACCAUAGGUGAUUUCUGAACAGUAAGUGUCCCUACUGGUCCAGUGCCUUUUUUUUCUGCCAAGUGGUUGAAUACUAAAUUCCAAACGCUUUGCAACAAGGAUACAUACACCUCUUGAAGAUGCCUCUCUGGGUUUUGAGGUGAACCCGGGCCUUCCGUUAAUCUUUCUUUUAUUUAGUCCUCUCCUCCAUUCAGUGCGGAUGGAUUACCCCUCAGGAAUCUUUUCACUUACCUGCAAUGUACAAAGACCACCCUCUCAUUUGUAAUUUUUAUUUUACCUGUAUAUUUAAUUUAGAGUAUCGCAUUGCACUGUAGCUAUAAGGGGAAUUUUUUUAAAGCUUUUUUCCUUUUAAAAACUUAAAUAAAUGUUUGGCUGUUUAAAAUUGUCGGUGAAGGUAUCAAACUGUUGCUUACCUGAUUAAAUGAAGGACUGUUUUUUCUGCAAAUAUUUAAGCACUAUUCAAAGUGUGUAAACCAAGACAAUAUUG